AUUGGUGGUCCUAACAAAAAUUAAAUAGAAAGCUAGCUUAUAGUAAUACCAACAUCUCUCACUCAGACAAUAAUUUAGCUCUGGAGACUCAGCUGCUUCUAACGUAGUUGUGCAGCUGAAACCUACGACUCCCACGAAAACCUUGCCGAAUCGAAUUGUGUUAUUACAGAAUCUAACAACACCAUGCUGGAUUGUGCUAAUCCCCAUGACAAAAGCACCUCAGAAGUUUCUAGCUUCAUACUUGAGGAUGUUCCUCAUCUAUCUGAUUACAUCCCUGACCUCCCUACAUAUCCUGACCCGUUACAAAACAAUCCUUCCUAUUCAGUUGUUGCGCAAUACUACGUGAAUGUGGAUGAUACAGUUGCGCAACAGAUAGUUGUACACAAAAAUAGUCCAAGAGGAACACAUUUUCGGCGUGCUGGACCUGCUCAGAAGGUAUAUUUUGAUUCAGAGGAAGUAUACGCUUGUAUUGUCACAUGCGGUGGUCUUUGUCCUGGUCUAAAUACAGUGAUAAGAGAAAUAGUGUGUGGCUUGUAUCAUAUGUAUGGAGUGCACAAAGUUCUGGGAAUACAGGGAGGUUAUCCAGGUUUUUAUUCUCGAAAUACAGUUCCUUUAACACCAAAGGUUGUGAACGAUAUCCACAAACGUGGUGGAACCAUCCUUGGGACAUCAUAUGGAGGCCAUGACACCUCAAAGAUUGUUGAUAGCAUUGAGGACCGGGGCAUUAAUCAGGUUUAUAUACUUGGAGGAUUUGGAACUCAAAUGGAGGCAGCAAUGAUUUUUGAGGAAGUUAGAAGGCGUGGCUUGAAAGUUGCAGUGGUCGGAAUUCCAAAAACUAUUGACAAUGAUAUCCCAGUUAUUGACAAGUCAAUCGGUUUCGACACUGCUGUUGAAGAGGCACAGAGAGCUAUUAAUUCUGCUCACGUAGAAGCGGAAAGCGCUGAGAAUGGUAUUGGUGUUGUAAAAUUAAUGGGGCGUUACAGUGGAUUUAUAGCCAUGUAUGCAACUCUUGCUAGCCGAGAUGUGGACUGUUGCUUGAUUCCAGAAUCACCAUUUUACCUGGAGGGUCCAGGAGGACUGUUGGAGUUCGUUGAGAAAAGACUGAAAGAACAAGGGCACAUGGUUAUAGUAAUAGCUGAAGGUGCAUGUCAAGAGCUUCUUUCUGGCAACCCAUCUAUUGCUUAUAAGCAGGGUGCUUCUGCCGAUAUAUUACUUCCCGACGUUGGCCUGUGGUUAUCCCAGAAAAUUAAGGAUCAUUUUGCAAAACGUCAAAAAAUGGCUAUAAAUCUGAAGUACAUUGAUUGUCUUGCAGAUCCUACUUACAUGAUCCGUGCUAUCCCAAGCAAUGCAUCUGAUAAUGUAUUCUGCACCCUCCUAGCCCAAAGUGCUGUUCAUGGUGCAAUGGCAGGAUACACAGGCUUCACUGUAGGCCCAGUUAAUGGCAGAAAUUGUUACAUUCCAUUUCAUCUGAUAAACGAGGGAGAGAAGAGGGUUGUGAUAACUGAUCGGAUGUGGGCAAGGUUGCUUUCUUCAACCCAUCAGCCUAGCUUCUUGAAUCCAAAAGAUAUCACAGGAGAAAGAGAGGAACACCAAACCUCAGACGGGCAGAACCAGCCAGAAAUUGCAGACUAAACCAGACGUAAUACAGAGCACGAACAUAAAUAACACUUUAAUAUGCCUUUAAAAUGUGGUAACUCAAGUUCCAUGAUCAAAUUUAAUUAACGUACGAUCAAAUUGGAUAAUUGACGCCAAAUAAAACCAAAUAUAGUCCAUCUUUUGUGGUAUUUUAAGCCACAAUGAGUGCAUCUAUAUUUACAAACUUUUGAAGGGUCAA